AUGAAACAACCAACUGAAAAUCUUUCAACAACAGAUUCAGAGUGUACAACAUGUAAUGGUCAUCCAAAUGAUUUGAUAAAAACACGUAAAGAUUCUGAUAAUGAUGAUUCAGCAACAAAUACAAGUUCAACAUCAUCAGUUAAUGAUGUACCAUUAAAUAAUUGUCCUGAUACAUCAUCUUCAUCAUCAAAUUUAAAUACAAGUGAAAUAACAACAACAACAAAUCCAAAUAGUUCAAAUGAACUUGUUGUUUUACCUGAAAUAUCCUUUAAUAUACGAGUACAAUCACCUGGUUUAGACACAUUUGAUUUACCAGUAACAUCAAGUGAACUUGUUCAAGAAAUUCAUCAAGUAUUAAUGGAUAAAGAAGAAACAUGUCAUCGUACGUGUUUUUCAUUACAACUUGAUGGUGUUAUUUUAGAUAAUUUUACUGAAUUAAAAAAUAUUGAAGGAAUUAAAGAAGGAAGUUUAUUAAAAGUUGUUGAAGAACAAUAUACCGUACGUGAAGUACGUAUUCAUGUACGACAUAUUAAUGAAUUAAUACAUUCAUGUGAUUUAAAUGAUUUAUAUAAUGGUACAAAUGGUUAUUCGUUAUGUCUUGUAAAUGAUAUAACAAAUAGUGAUAUACCUUCAUCACCAAAUACUGAUCGUAAAAAAGGUGCUGAAAUACCUGAUAAUGAUUCUAGUGUACCUGAAUAUCUUCUACCUAAUCAAAAUGAUGUCCUACUUACACCACUUUUUACAACAAAUAAUAAAGUUAAUAGAUUACAAUGUCUUAAAGUCUUGUCCUACAGUGGUUGGAAUCCACCAAAUGGUUCAAGAAAAUUACAUGGUGAUCUUAUGUAUUUACAAGUAACAACAUGUGAAGAAAAAUCAUUUCAUAUAACAGCUUGUACGAAAGGUUUUUAUGUUAGUCAAACAUCAGAUGAAAAAUUUAUUCCAAAACCGGUGCAACCUAAAGCUAUUUUUCAUUCACUUGUUGAUCUAUUGAAUAAUGUAAGUCCAAUAUUUAAAAAGAAAUUUUCUGCAAUUCAACGUAAACGUUGUACAAAACAUCCAUUUGAACGUAUACAAGUUCCAUAUCAAAUUCAUCCAUGGUUAUCACCACGUUUUGAACAUACCAUAGAUCAUUUUCGAGCAGAAGAUGCAAAUAUAAAUAAACUUGGUCAUGAAGAUCAUAUACCUGGUCAAGUACGUGAUUGGAAUGAAGAAUUACAAAUCACCAAAGAAUUACCAAAGAAAAGUUUACCAGAAAGACUUAUAAGAGAACGUGCAAUGUUUAAAGUACAUAGUGAUUUCGUUUCAGCUGCUAUCCGAGGUUGUCAAGCAGUUGUUGAUGGAAAUAUAAUGGCAAUUAAUCCUGGUGAAGAAUCAAAAGUUCAUAUGUAUAUAUGGAAUAAUAUGUUCUUCAGUCUUGGUUUUGAUGUUAAAGAACAUUAUAAAGAUUUUGGUGGUGAUGCUGCUGCUCAUUCAGCUCCAACAAAUGAUUUACAAGGUGUUCGUGCUAUAAAUACACUUGAUUUAGAUGGUUUACAUACGUUAGGCACUAUUGUUGUCGAUUAUCGUGGCAUGCGUGUUACUGCACAGUCAAUUGUACCUGGUAAUUUAUUAUUAUUAUAUAAAUAUACUCGAAUAAAAACAUAUUUUCUUACUGAUGAACAUCGUAUAUAUACUUCAUUACUUAUUGAAUUACCACAUCUUGAACGUUUAAUACGUGCGAAACAAUCGAAUUUAUCUUCUAUACAAAAUCGUUUAAUAAAAGUUGAAAAAUAUUUAACAAAAUAUACAUGGCAUUUAAAACGUUUAAUUAAAACAAUUCAUUAUAAUGAACAAGUACAGAAAAAAAUAUCAUAUUUUAAUUCAUUUGAUUUUGAUUUGGAAAAAACGAUUCAAAAGAAUCAAACAAAAUUUCUUGUCUAUUUUCAUUCGAUUAAUAUUUCAAAUGAUAUUGAUUAUGAUAGUUUAUAUAAAUUUAAUAAGAAAAUUUCAAAUAUUCAUAAUUCUUAUAUAACAUUAAAUAAAACUGAAGCUUAUUUACACGUUAUCUAUUUGCCAAUACGAUCGAAUAAAUUUAAUAUUUGUUAUAAAGAUGUAAUUGAUCAAAAAUAUUUUGUUUUAUAUGAAUUUAUAAAUUAUACUGGUGAAGAUAUUGAUGAAAAAUGUUUUCAUGGAAAUUUUCUUCCUGUUAAAUUCUUUACUCAAUUUAAUAAUACAAAUAUUAAUAAUGAUCGUUGGAGAUUAAAUGACACACAACAACUAUCAAUUGGCGUUAUUUAUUUAAAUACAAAUGUAACUAUAUCUACACAUGAAUAUAAUCAAUUAAAUAACAAAUAUUAUAUAGCCAUGCAAUGUUUUCACCCAUCUUGUUCACAAAUUAUUUCGAAUAAAAAUCUUUCUCUUAUAUCUAUUAUCUGUUCUUCUUCGUCGUAUUCAAUUUUGAUUCAAAAUCAAUUCUAUGAAUUAUUUUUUUAUCUAUUAUCUCAACAAAUUCAUGUCAUUGCUUUAAAUUGUGAACAUUAUCUUCCAUAUUCAAAAGUUAUCGACUGGUCACAUCCAUCAGCAUCCUAUUCAUGGUUAUAUACAAUCUAUUUUCAAACAUUUGAACGUCAUUUUCACACCACUAUUGCUUAUUUACGUACACAUUUUCGUUUACCAACAUUACCAAAAUCAUCAAACUUCGUUGAAAUAAAAAAUCGAUUAACUAAAGAAAAUAAUUUCUAUUAUUUAAUUCACCCUCGAAAUCUUAAUUUUACUCAAAUGCCUAUUGGUUUAAUGGAUAAAAUUAGUUUUCAAUCAAAUAAAAAAACUUCCAUACAAAUCGAACCAACAUUCUACGAUCAAUGGAAUCGUUUAUAUCAACCAUUUUAUCGUUCGGAAGUAUUAACUAAUCCAUUUGAAAUACCAUCUUCGAAUGAAAAAUAUACUAUUAUUAUCCUAACACAUAAAAAACGUUUCUAUCAAUUAAAUCGUUUAUUAUUACAUUUAAAUGGUUUAAUAAAUGUUCAUCGUAUUCUUGUUUUAUUUAAUCAAAUUGAUAAAAUUGAAAAAUCUGAAAAUCUAUCAUUAAAAGAUUUUCUUGAUGAUUAUUAUAUUUAUUUACCAUCAAUACAUGUUGAAAUUAUAUAUAUAUUUAAUUUAACAAAUAAUUUAAAUAAUCGAUUUUUACCAUGGAAUGAAUUUAUUCAAACAGAUUGUAUCUUGUCAUUAGAUGAUGAUAGUUUUUUACGACAUGAUGAAAUUGAAUAUGCAUUUCGUAUAUGGUUAGAAAAUCGUUCGAGACUUAUUGGUUUUAUUUCUCGUUCACAUAAUUUAAUUACAUUAGAAUAUGAUGCAUCAUCAUCAUCAUCAUGUUCAUAUUCGAUGAUAUUAACUGGCGCAGCUUUUUUACAUCGUUGGUAUUUAGAUUUUUAUACGAAUAUUAUGUCUGAACAAAUACGUGAAUAUAUACAAAUGAAUAUAAAUUGUGAAGAUAUUGCAAUGAAUUUUUUAAUAAGUUAUUUAACAAAACAAAGUCCAAUUAAAAUUGGACAUCGUGAAACAUUUCAUUGUUAUAAAUGUGAAGAAAGUUUAUCAAAUAAAAUAACUCAUUAUAAACAAAGAACUGAAUGUAUAAAAUAUUUUUCAAAUAUCUAUCGUUUAAUACCAUUACGUUAUUCAGUUCAUCGUCUUGAUCAUUUAUUAAAUAUAUCAUCUUGUUUUUCAUAG